CAUUCAAUUUGUGUGUUUCCUUUCCGUGUGCGAACACACACACCCACACCCAUCCGCCCUUAUGCACGCACUCGCAGGUAGCAUUCUUACACUCAAGAGACUACUUAUAAUGGCGGGAGGUAUAAAUUUCAGAGUAAUCAUGUCGCCGUUAUCGGCUGCGGGCAUUUGCUAUCGUCGGGAAGGUUUCGUAAGAAACAUCAUGGACCACAUCUGCAGACGACAUCAUGGGACAAACAAUCGAAGAGACGCGGGGACAGAUUCCAGUUCACUGCGUUCUUUUCCAAAGGUUCAGUUACAUAUUCAUCUGGACGGAGCAGUCAGACACGACACACUAUGGAGGGCUGCAAGAAAGAAAGGGCUCUGUGGUCCGGCGAAUACAUUCCAUGAGUUUGUAGAUUUGGUUCGAUGUUCCAAAGGUGACCUAGUCAGCUUCCUCUCAUCAUUUGAUACAAUCCUUCCAAUCAUUGCCGGGGACCGAGAACUUAUCAGCCAAAUAGCUUAUGAACUCUGUGAGGACCAAGCCAAAGAGGGCGUGGUGUAUUUCGAGGCACGGUACUGCCCCCAUUACAUGUCUUCCUCGUUUUCAACACCAAGUAGCAGAAAGAAUUCGGUCGUCAAGGAUGACUUCCUGACACCACGUGACGUAGUUAUGGCAGUGAAUGAUGGGAUACGAAGAGGAUGUAGGGAAUUCAAUGUCAAAGGUCGCACUUUACUCUGCCUGAUAAGACCAUGUCCAGAGUUUUCCCAUGAAGUGGUUGAACUGAGUCACGAAUUCCUCAACGACACGGUCGUCGGAAUCGAUAUGGCCGGAGACGAGGACGCUCCUUGUACUACAGAACAUAUAGAUGCCUUCAAGCUAGCUGCUGAUUUAGGAUUACAUCGGACAGUUCAUGCCGGUGAACUUGGGCCAGCAGAAAAUGUGAGAUUUGCAGUAGAGGAGCUGGGAGCGGAACGGAUUGGGCAUGGCUAUCAAAUCCAUCAGGAUCUCGAUGUAUACAAAAUGAUACGGGACCGCUUAAUACACCUUGAAUUAUGCCCAACCUCGAGUAUAUACACCGGUGCCUGGAUAGGAAGGCUAUCGGAUCAUAUUGCUAAAAGAUUUGAAAAAGAUGGAUUCAAUAUAGGUAUCAACACAGAUGAUCCUACCUUACUUUCAAAUACGAUGGAGUCCGAGUUUGAACUAGCCAAAACAUAUUUCGAUUUCACAGAUGGCCAACUGAAAAACAUGACAAUGGAUGCAGCUCGAGCAUCCUUUUUACCAGAGAGCGAAAAGACACAUCUCAUUCAAGAACUCCAGACCAAGUUUGAUGCAUUAUGAUGUUGCGAUUUAGGCAUAGUUUAUUUGUUUGAAAUGCAAGUAAUAAGUAUAGUCUUCAAACACAGAAAUUUAGUAAUAACGAGAACAGCAAGAAAAUUAAUAUUUCAGCAAAAAUUGGUAUAUAAAUAGUACAUGAUUUUUUAUCGAAUAAGAGCGAGUUUAAUACUGCAAAUACUCUCCCAAAAUUCCUAAUAUAACUAUUUUUAUAAUUUUGACGAGUUCUUAUUACUGAGUUCAGUUUGACAGAUACGAGAAAUUGAAGGAUAGUUUUGCGUGUAAGAUCAGCUGCUCAGCUUAUGUAGGUUCGGGAUAAUCAUUUAAAGCAGGGUUCCGUUAUGGUAACAAAUGCAGAAUUUCUAUGACAAGUUUAAAAUCAACCAAUCAAAUUGAAGGAUUUCAGUAGCUUUUAACUGUAUUUGCAAAUUUGUUAUUGUAACAGGUUUUAUGAAACGGGGCCUUGGGGAGCGUUUCAUGAAAGGACUUGUCGGACGUUUUAUCCGACAAGUCCCAUUUCAUCCGACAGUUACCAUAGUAACAGUACCUCUCAGCCAAUCAACAUCAGAGAAAGAUGUCAGAUCUGACAACUUGUCGGAUGAAAAUGUUGAUGAAACACUCCCCAGGUGUGUGUUUCAUAAAGCUAGUCGUAAAGUUACGCACGACUGGAACAUGUUCUUAUAGUGGCCAAGUCAGUUUAACGGCGAUAUAUCAUUUAGCACAAGAAAGGAUCAUUAGUCGUGCAGAAAGUCAUUCGUAACUUACAAACCGCUUAAUGGAACAUCCACUAAGAUAGAUUAUAUAUCUCUGUCGAAAAUGUGUAUUAUAUCAAUUUUGAACGACUUGGACACGGUGCGAUGAAAUUUUCGAAGUGGGCAGGCUUGCCAAUUGCAAUAAAAAAAUAGUAUUACAUCCUUUAUCUCAUUAUCCUUUAAAAAAUUAAUUAUUGUUUUCGGAGUAUAAACGAUAAAGCCAUUAAUAAGUGUCAGUGAAAUAUUCCGAAAGAAAAUAAAAACGAGCCUUUAAAAAGGGAGGGAGAGCGGCAAGCUUAUAAUUCAAUCAUUUUCUUAUGAAUGCUUUAACUAAGUAAACCACAAUCAUACUCGAUAUCUUAUAUGGAAAUAAAUCGUUUAGAUUGAUAUCAGAGAAGGUACCUCAUGUGACCUUACAAGGAAGCCUUUAAUUAUUAACAAAAUAUAUAUGAAGUGUCAUAGUAAUCUAUUUAAAUCCAAACUUUGAAUUCAUUACAUUUGAAUUUAAAGCCUGCUUAAAGUAAGAAUCCAUAGUGAGAUUUACAUUCUAACAUUCCAACCUAAAAAAAAGUUAAUAUAAUGUCAUGUUAUUUUUCUCUUUGUAUUUUUUUGGGAUGGUUUUAUCAUAUUUAGCGCCCAUUCGAUUUAAUUCAUAUUAAAAGACGUUUCAACAUUUGAUUACAUCUCAAAAAAGCAUAACCUGAAAUAUCUCGUCAAAGUCCAUGCUUAAGAAGUAAUUGGGGUUUUUUUACGCUUUGAUUUUAAAUGUUACAAUUUGAUGAUAAAAGAUCCCGUCUUUUACAUGGCAUGCUAUAUAGCUGAGCAUUAGACUUGACCACUUUAGCUUUACCCGAAUUUAAUCUAGGCUUUAAUCUUAAAAGUAUGGGAGCUUGUACAAAUUCAUAAAACAUAUUCAAACAAUCAAUCAAAUUCUUCUGGAAAAAAAAAAUCCUUAUCUACUUUUUAAUUUACAGUUUAUCAAAAUUGAAUUAUCCGCACUGUCGCAUAAAGAAAAUUAUUAGUUCAAAGUUCUCUGCUGAUGCAAACACUCUCUCUCUAUGAUGAGAAAAAUGUACGGGUAUUGAUGUACAUAUUUAUUAUCGAAUAAUCUAAUUUGGGAUCAGUGACAAACUGAGAUAAGAUUUUUUCUUAUCUCAGUGACAAACUGAGAUAAGAUUAAUACUGGCAAUCGAUUGUAAUUGUCUGUACAUGGUUUGCAAUAGGAUUACAAUUAAUAUGAUUGAUUGUACAAACAAGUGUGUCUUUUUGGCACAGUGCCCAGGAGGACAGUUUCUCAUAAAGCUGUGCGUGAAAUUACGUAUAGCUUCCCGAAUAUGCAGUUCAUUUUUCUUUAAAGGACAAGUCCACCCCAACAAAAAGUUGAUUUGAAUAAAAAGAGAAAAAUCAAGCAAGCAUAACAUUGAAAAUUUCGUCAAAAUCGGAUGUAAAAUAAAAAAAGUUAUGACAUUUUGAAAUUUCGCUUAAUUUCACACAACAGUUAAUAUGCACAUCCUGGUCGGUAUGCAAAUGAGGAGACUGAUGACAUCUUCCACUCACUAUUUCUUUUGUAUUUUAUUAUAUGAAAUAUUAAAUAUUCUAAUUUUCUCCUCAUUGUCAAGUGAAACAACAAUAAUUCCUCCCUGAACAUGUGGAAUAAGCAUUGUUUAAUACUAUAUGGUUCAGUCAAGUUGGUCCAUAUUGUCAAAUUUGUAAAAAAUGAAAUAUUGUAUAAUUCAAAUAAUAAAAAACAAAAUAAAUAGUGAGUGAGGGACAUCAUCGACUGUCUCAUUUGCAUGUCACUGAAUUGUGCAUAUCACUGUUUUUUUGAAAAAUAAGCGAAACUUUAAAAUGUCAUAACUUUCUUAUUUUACAUCCGAUUUUGAUGAAGUUUUCAGCGUUAUGCUAGUUUGAUUUUUCUCUAUUUAUUAAAAUCAACGUUUCCCUGUGGUGGACUUGACCUUUAAGAUAAAUCGUUUGUAAGGCGGAGUGAGUACGGAAAAAAUUAGUUAGAUUACAUAAUCAUGUUUCUAUGCAUUCCACAAAAUAGACAUUUAUUCAUGGUUUUAUCGAAUGACAUUGCACAUUUGUUUAUAUAUUAUAUUUGCAAUAUUUAUGCAUCGCACAAUCUUUUUUUAUUUACAAUAUUUCAUGCAAGUAGAAGGGUUUUUAUCACACCAAUUCUUCCACAGAAAAAAUAUCUUGAAUAUAUCAAAUAAACAUGAUAAAUGUAAAGCAAAUUGAGAAUACGCCUAUAAAAUCAUUUUGAUUAAU